AUGUGUGCACAAUUCCACCCGAAGGAUGAUUUAGUCGUGUCGGCCUCCCUAGAUCAAACUGUACGCGUCUGGGAUAUAUCUGGUCUCCGGAAAAAGCACUCUGCUCCGUCCAGCACCUUGGCCUUUGAAGAGCAGAUGUCUCGCUCGAACCCUGCCCAAGCUGAUAUGUUUGGAAACACCGACGCAGUGGUCAAAUUCGUUUUGGAGGGUCAUGAUCGUGGUGUUAACUGGGUCGCAUUCCAUCCUACCCUGCCCCUGAUCGUUUCUGCCGGUGACGACCGCCUUAUAAAAUUAUGGAGGAUGAGUGAAACGAAGGCAUGGGAGGUUGACACCUGCCGCGGACAUUUCCAGAACGCCUCCGCUUGUAUUUUCCACCCUCACCAGGACCUGAUACUUUCUGCCGGCGAGGAUAAGACUAUCCGUGUCUGGGACUUGAAUAAGAGAACCGCCGUGCAAUCAUUUAAGCGAGAUGCAGACCGCUUCUGGAUGAUUGCGGCUCACCCCGAGAUCAACCUAUUUGCUGCUGGACAUGAUACCGGUGUCAUGGUUUUUAAGCUUGAGCGAGAGCGUCCAGCCUCUGCUCUAUACCAAAACCAAGUUUUCUAUAUUACAAAGGACAAGCACCUCCGUUCAUUCGACUUCACGAAGAACACCGAAUCUCCAUCCAUGCUUUCUCUGAAGAAGCUUGGAAGCCCCUGGGUCCCUGCAAGAACUUUAUCCUACAACCCUGCUGAACGCGCUAUAUUGGUCACAUCACCAACCGAUAACGGCACAUACGAACUUAUUCACAUUCCAAGAGAUUCCACUGGUGCUGUAGAGCCUACUGAUGUGAAACGCGGACAUGGAAACUCUGCCGUAUUUGUUGCCCGUAACAGAUUCGCGGUCUUUAACCAAUCCACCCAACAAAUAGAUAUCAAAGAUUUGAGCAACUCCACCACCAAGACGAUCAAAGCACCUCAUGGCACGACCGAUGUCCACUUUGGCGGAACCAGCUGUCUUCUCCUUCUCACACCUACCACGGUAGUUCUCCUUGAUAUUCAGCAGAAGAAACAACUUGCCGAGUUGACCGUUAGUGGUGUGAAGUACGUCGUCUGGUCCAACGACGGGCUUUAUGUUGCUCUCCUAAGCAAGCACAAUGUUACGAUUGCUACGAAAACGUUGGAGCAUGUCAGCACAUUGCAUGAGACCAUUCGAAUCAAGAGCGCUUGUUGGGACGACAGCGGCGUACUUCUUUACUCCACCCUCAACCACGUCAAGUACUCGCUUCUUAACGGGGAUAACGGUAUCGUCCGCACCCUUGACGAAACCCUUUACCUUAUUCGUGUAAAGGCAAGGAAGGUAUACUGCUUGGAUAGAACUGCUAAGCCAACUGUCCUCGCCAUUGACCCAACUGAAUAUCGCUUCAAGCUGUCCUUGGUCAAGCGAAAUUACGAGGAAAUGCUUCAAAUCAUCAAAAACUCCAGUCUUGUUGGCCAAAGCAUCAUUUCUUAUCUACAGAAAAAGGGCUACCCAGAGAUUGCCCUUCAAUUCGUCCAAGACCCACAAACCAGAUUUGAACUUGCUCUAGAAUGCGGUAACAUCGACGUCGCUAUCGAAAUGGCCAAGACUCUUGAUCGCCCCAAGCUAUGGGCCCGACUUGGAACAGAAGCCCUAGCCCAUGGUAACAACCAAACUGUGGAAAUGACAUAUCAAAGGCAAAGAAAUUUUGAUAAGUUGUCUUUCCUUUACCUUGCCACGGGUGACCAGGAGAAGCUGUCUCGUAUGGCGAAGAUCGCACAACACCGAGGUGACUUCACGUCUCAAUUCCAAAACGCGCUCUAUCUAGACGAUGUUGAAGCCAGGAUACAGAUGUUCAGGGAAAUUGACCUUUUGCCUUUGGCUUAUCUCACUGCUAAAACCCACGGAUAUGCUGAAGAGGCUGAGUCGAUUCUUGAAGCUAGCGGGCUCACAGAGGACCAAAUAAGCCUUCCAACUCUUGGGGAGCCGAAGCCAACUCCCAAUGUUGUUGUCCAAACCUAUAAAUCCAACUGGCCCGUGAAAGCUCCCUCUCAUUCCUCCUUUGAGAAGGCACUUCUUGGUGAAGUUGGUGGCGCCGAUGAUGAAGGUGCUAAUGGCUUUGAAGACCAAGAGGGAGAACAAGAAAUGGGCGGUGCUGAGGCUGGCCUAGGCGACGAACAGGAAGAGGAAGAUGUCGCUGGCUGGGAUAUGGGAGAUGACAUCCAAAUCGAAGAAGAAGCAGAUCUCCUCGGUGCUGAGAAUGUAGAAAGCGGACCAUCGAGCAGUGAAGCUGAAUUGUGGUCUCGUAACUCUCCUCUCGCCGCCGACCAUGUUGCUGCCGGCUCUUUCGACACCGCAAUGCAGCUCCUGAACCGUCAAGUUGGAGCUGUGAACUUUGAGCCAUUGAAACCACGCUUCCUUGAGAUAUAUCAGGCCAGCAGAACCUAUCUCCCCGCAACUCCUGCCCUUCCCCCAAUAAUAAACUACGUACGCCGUACCGUUGACGAGACCGAUCCCCGCAAGCUUCUCCCAAUUAUCCCCCGCAACCUCGAGACUAUUGCCAGCGCCGAUCUGCAAGAAGGUUACGCAGCCAUGCGAUCUAACAAACUUCAGGACGGAAUUGUAAUAUUCCUGCGCAUCCUACACUCGAUCCUGGUCAACACUGUAUCUUCAGAGGCCCAUGUGGCUGAAGUGAAGAAAAUCAUUGCGACGGCCAGGGAAUAUAUUCUAGCAAUGUCCAUGGAACUUGAACGACGAGCCUUACCGACUGAUACCCCUGAGAACCUCAAGAGGAGCCUUGAACUCUCUGCCUACUUCACCAUCCCAAAGCUCGAAGUUGCCCAUCGGCAGUUGGCGCUCAUGGCAGCUAUGAAAUUUGCGUAUACCAACCAAAACUUCUCCUCUGCACUUAGUUUUGCUAACAGAAUGAUUGCAAACGGCGGCUCAGCCAAGCUCCUUGACCAGGCAAAGAAGAUCAAGGCUCAAUGUGAACGAAACCCACAAGAUGCCAUUGAAAUUGAAUUUGACCAAUUUGCCGAAUUUGAUAUCUGCGCUGCCUCGCAUACCCCUAUCUACGGUGGAUCUCCAAGCGUAUCAUGCCCAUACACUGGAACCAAAUACCAUGAGCAGCACAAGGGCUCCGUGUGCACAAUUUGUCAAGUAGCAGCGAUAGGUGCUCCUGCAAGCGGUUUGCGAUUAUAUGUUCCCGGGCAGCACUAG